AUGCAUGUGAGAAAUUGUACAGUCGGAUAUGCUUUGAGCUCAUGCCAGAGAGAUUUUCAUGUAGAGCGUUGGAGCUCUCUGCUUACUUCAUUGAACUUCUCGCAGUGUCUGAUCACUGGAAUGCUAGCUAUGGAUGCGUUUACCGUUUCAAAAGUCGCUUGCUGUGCUAGGGCAUCAAUUAAAUAUCUCCCUAAAAACGCUUGGUUUAGGUGUGGCUACAUUGUUGGAGGACCACAUUCUUGCAAUUCUUUCUUGGAUUUGCAAUACAAAGAGCGAGCUGCCUUCAACUGGCAACAAAAAUACGAUGAAGCAGAUCUCUGCGAUGAAAAAAGGACGGCUACCCAGCGAGAGUUGUAUUACAGAGCGCCCGACAUAUUUUCGAAUCAACAGCAAGUCAAUGUCCUCCUACAGGAUAUCGUCGCCCUUCUGGAGAUUUCCCGUGCUUCCCUCUCGGUCUUCGCCUCAGAAAGAGGUUCUGUAGCUGGUCUUUUGAGCUUCAGACACCGCGGACACACGCUCUCGUGCAGCUCCGGCUCUGGCGUAAUGAUCUCUGAGUCCUUGUUGGAAGCGGACGAGUUGCACAGUAGUGCCAGGUACAUCAUUGUUGUCGAAAAGGACACAAUUUUCCAGUCGCUUUGUGCAGUGGAAUUCUGGAAUCUUUUGCCUUGCAUCCUGAUUACCGGUAAAGGUUUCCCCGAUUUCGCGACACGAAAGUUGCUUAUUCACUUAGCGCAUAAGCUCAAUUUGGAGGCUGGCUACGUUGGGGACUAUGACCCUCACGGUGUCCAGAUAUUUUUGACAUAUCAGCAUGGGAGUAAAAGCUUUGAAGGGCGGCUGCUCUCUCUACCCUCUCUCCAUUGGAUCGGGAUGCUGUACCGAGACACGGAGUUACUACCUCCUACUGCUUUGCUGCAAUUAGGGCAGCGAGACACGGCGCUAUUACAGAGUCUCUUGUCCCACCCAGGAGUCUUAGCGAAUAAACGCUUACGGGAGGAGUGUGAGAGCAUGAAGAAAGGGGGGAGGAAAUGCGAAGUUGAAGCCCUGGAAUGGAAAGGGCCAGACUAUAUUGGCAGACACUUUGUAGCCUCAAGAAUUCUCAGGCGGGAGUGGAUCUAA